GGAGACGACAGAGGAGAAAACUCGGGCUCAGUCUUAAGCAACAAGAACCCCGGCAAGAGACGUCAAAGAAGAGAAAACUCAAGCUCAAGAAAAUGAAUCUUUUAGAACUUGGUGAGGAUGCAAGUCUACAAACAGCACCACAAGAAGUGCAGAAUAAUCAUAGUGAAUAUGGAAAGCAUUUUGAUCUUAAUUCUUUACCACCAGGGUAUAGAUUUAAUCCCACCGAUGCAGAGAUAAUAGUUUUCUACUUGAGAAAGAAGGUUGAUCAUCAACCAUUGCCACCGAACAAGAUCAUAGAAGUCAAUCUCUAUGCUUAUGAUCCUGAGGAACUUGCAGCGAGAUACAAGCCGUCUGGGAAUGGUGAAUGGUUCUAUUUCACGCCAAGGGACAAGAAAUAUCGGAAUGGGCAACGUCCCAAUAGGUCAGUCGGAGGUGGAUACUGGAAGGCCACCGGAGCUGAUAAAGAGAUCAAAUUUGAGGAUCGAACGGUGGGGUACCGGAAGGUUUUAGUCUUCUACCGAGGAAGUGCACCUAAAGGAGUCAAAACCAACUGGAUCAUGCAUGAAUUCAGAGUUGCUGAACCUCCUCCAGAGCCUCCAAGAAGAACUGGUGUCAAUGAUAUGAGGUUGGAUGAAUGUGUUCUAUGCAAAGUCUAUAAGAAAGACGAAAGGGUCAGCAAAAGAUCACGGCAUGAGUCUGGGGUUGAUGAAUCAGGCCCAUCACGCUCUAAGAUUCCAAGACUCGACCGCAACCCUAAUCCUAAUGAGGCCAAUAAUCAGCACACAGUUGGUGGUGGAAUGGAUUCCGGAGAAGAUAGGAAUAGUUACCAAUAUAAUCAGAAUAUUAAUAGUCAUCAGGCUCUCCAAAAUCAACAGCAACUGCAACAGCCUAUUAUUCAAAUGCCCAGUGCAAAUGCUGUGUUUUCCCAGGACAACCUUCAAGUUCUUCCUCCGGCUGGAACUGAUGUUUCUUUCCAUGGCCACAACAGCAACCUGAUGCAAUCCAUGGAAUACCCAUUUCCCGAUCAUUCAUGGGGCAUGUACAGUGAGUUUGACAACACGGGCUUUGCUUCGACUAUGAAUUUGAACCCAGGCUAUGUGACAGGAGUCAACAUUGGUAAUGCCAACUUAGAUUCAACUACAGACUAUAAAAUGCCUAGCUUGAACCCAAUCCGAUCAGCAAAUUUUUCUUCCCCCAGACUUUGGUGAUGAUGGCCAUGACCAGUGACUUAUAUUUUAUUUUUUUUGAAUGUGUAGAUUAAUUUCCAUUUCUAUUGUAUAGAAUUUCUUCUUUCUU